UCCUAUAAAAAGCGGGACCAGUGCACAUUCUCUCCAGGAACUGGGGCGCCCUCAGAUUCCGUAGAAGAAGGACGUCGAGAGCCACAAGAUGAAGGUUCUGUUGCUGAGUCUCGUCCUUGUCCUGGUUUGUGCCGCCCAGGAAACUCCAGCUGAGAUAGACCCCUCAAAGGUUACAGGCGAGUGGCGCACCAUUUAUUCGGCCGCGGAUAACAAGGAGAAGAUUGUGGAAGGGGGCCCGCUGAGGUGUUACAAUCGCAAGAUCGAAUGUAUUGAUGACUGCGAAUACCUCUCCAUUUCAUUUUACGUCAAAUUAGAUGGGAGAUGCCAGUUUUUCUCAGGAGUGCUAAAGAGACAAGAAGGAGGUGUUUACUUCAUAGAAUUUGCAGGUGCAAAUUAUUUGCAAAUCAUUCAUGUAUCAGACAACAUCCUGGUACUUUAUUUUGAAAAUGAUGAUGGAGAGAAGAUCACAAAAUUAACUGAAGGUUGCGCCAAAGGAACCAGUUUCACUCAAGAAGAAUUUCAGAAGUAUCAGCAGCUGAACAGUGAGAGAGGGAUUCCAAAUGAAAAUGUAGAACAUGUCAUCGAAACAGACGACUGUCCUCCAUAAGAACAGAGAACAUCAGCUGGCAGAAAACAAAGUCAAGAAUACGAGCAGCGUCACAGCACUAAUCAUCUGUAUCAAGAUAAUAGACCUUUUCCUUGAAAUUGUCAUUUCAUCUCUCCCAGGAAGUCACGACCCGCGACUUGCCUACUACGAGUCCCCUGUGCUCUUGUUGAUGUUACUGGAUUCCUAAAGUGAUCAAUAAACUGAUUAAUGCA